AUGACCCGUCCGCCACAUUGCUCUUCGGGCACCUCAAACGGCGCCCUCUUCUUGCUCAGAAUUACGAGCGGUGCCGACAUUCUCUUCGCCGUAUCAAUAACAAAAGCUGAGGCUAUAUCUUAUGCAGCACCGGCUCAGGAGAAGGCGAUAUUAGGGACGAACAAGAUGAUCCUCAUCGCCCAAGUGCUCCCUAUCCGCGUCUCAUCUACGCUCUCGACAGGCUUCGAAAAUUUGGGAUCGUCGAUUGCGCAUCGCGGCAACGAUGCUGUGGAUACGGGUUGCCAAUACGAAGAUCGUUUCUGGCUCGGAUUUCGUGGUCAGCAGAGUGGCGAUAUGAGAGCUGGCGGGGAGGACGCGCCGAGUAUUCAGGACCGACGGGGUGGUGUUCUGUCAGAACUGAUUCGAUUGGAUGUUGCUAGUUCCUACCCGAGCCUCCAUCGCGGACCUGCAAGAGGUGCGAAGCAGAAGGUCGAGUCCGAAACAUCGCAAGCUUCUUAG